AUGUCUAUCCAAUUUCCAAACCGUCCCUUACCUCCCAAAAAGCAAACAGCACAGACUUUCCUCGCCUAUUUCCGCGCAUUAGACAGAGAGAUAGAGCCCUGGGCUGGGGCCAUAUAUCUUGCCUCUGAGCUCGACCCCACGACCAAUAACCCUACACCCGAAUCUGCUGAGCACGAAGAUGACAUCUGCUCCUUCGUAAAUCUCACGAGAGCCAUCAGUGAUGCCAUAGGCGAGGAGACCAAUAUAUGGCGGUCGACUCUACAGAUCGAGAUUGAUUGGGAGCUGACAGGAGAAUUGGCAAACUGUCGUACGGAGCUUGCAGAAAGUCGCCCCGAGGAGGCUAAUCGAGCUGUUUUGGCGAUGAAGUAUCGCGGACGUGGAUAUUUUUGCAUCAAGUUUAGUGGAGGGGUGUUUGAUCCGCUUCGAGGCACAAGCAACAAGUGGCAAGUGAUAUAG